UUGUUUGUGAGAGGAAGAGGCUGGUUGGAUGUUGGGCGGGGUCUGAGGAGACAGAGACAGAGAGAGAGAGAGAGAAAACAGCGGAACCUCCCGACCCUCCUCCUCCUCCUGCUGCUGCUGCUGCUGCUGCACGGACAAACGGAGAACCAGAGGAGGAAGAAGCACGGAGAGACAAACAGACGAAGACAGAGGGAGGGACAGACAGAGCGGAGGACAGACGGACGGACAGCCGGGAGGAUGGGCCGGCGGAGCGGCCGUCGGUAGCGCUCUGUUUUCGGGGACGGAGCUCCAGGAUGAGCGUAGCGCUGCAGGACCUCCGGAACACCAUGUCCAGCUACAAGCGAGCUACGUUGGAGGAGGAUGAAGUGUCGGAUGCUCCAGCUGAGGUAGCCUCGUCUCCUGACAGAGUGGAGGUGGGUUUCAGGAAGGGAGGUGUGGACAUUCUGGGCAGGAGGACCCAGCUGGAGGUUCUGCUGUCAGUCCUGCUGCUGGCUGCCCUGCUGGCUCUGCUGGCCUGUCUGCUGGUCCUGGGACUCGGAUUCAGCUCAGACAGUGGGCGUAGCCUGUGCCUGUCGGAAGCGUGCGUCACGGUGGCGAGUCAGAUGGUGGAGGCGAUGGACCGCAGCGCCGACCCCUGCCACGACUUCUACCAGUUCGCCUGCGGAGGCUGGAUGAGGAAGAACCCGUUGCCUGACGGACGGUCGCGCUGGUCCACGUUUAACAGCAUCUGGGAGCAGAACCAGGCGCUGCUCAAACACCUGCUGGAGAAUGGGACUUUUAACGGCAGCAGCGAAGCAGAGAGGAAGACUCAGUCCUACUACCUGUCCUGUCUCAACACCCAGAGGAUCGAAGACCUGGGAGCUCAGCCUCUCAUCGACCUCAUUGCCAAGAUCGGGGGCUGGAACAUGACGGGUCCCUGGGAGAAGGACAACUUCAUGGAGGUCCUGAAGGUGGUUUCUGGUCCAUACAGAGCUCAACCUUUCUUCAGUGUCGGAGUCAGUGCUGAUCCCAAAAACUCCAACAGCAACGUCAUCCAGGUGGACCAAUCAGGGCUCUUCCUGCCGUCCAGGGACUAUUACCUCAACAAGACAGCCAAUGAGAAGGUGCUGGCGGCGUACCUGGACUACAUGGUGGAGCUGGGGAUGCUGCUCGGGGGCGAGAGGAGCUCCACACAGGUCCAAAUGCAGCAGAUUCUGGAGUUUGAGACGGCGCUCGCCAACAUCACCGUCCCGCAGGACCAACGGCGAGACGAGGAGAAGAUCUACCACAAGGUCACCAUCGCUGAACUCCAGCUGUUGGCUCCGGCCGUGGACUGGUUGGACUACCUGUCGUCCUCUCUGUCUCCUCUGGAGCUGAACGACACUGAACCUGUCGUCCUGUACGCCAGAGAGUACCUGCAGCAGGUGUCUGACCUCAUCAACAAGACGGAGCGCAGUCUUCUGAAUAACUACAUGAUGUGGACGCUAGUUCAGAAGAGUGUAGCUAGUUUGGACCAACGCUUUGAGAACGCUCAGGACAAACUGCUGGAGAGUCUCUACGGCACCAAGAAGUCCUGCACCCCCCGCUGGCAGACGUGUAUUGGGAACACUGACGACACUCUGGGCUUUGCCUUGGGAGCGCUCUUCGUUAAAGCAACCUUCGACAAACACAGCAAAGAGAUCGCCGAGGAGAUGAUUAACGAGAUCCGCUCAGCCUUCAAAGAAGCUCUGGACCGACUCAGCUGGAUGGACGACCAAACGAGACAGGCUGCUAAAGACAAGGCAGACGCGAUCUACGAUAUGAUCGGCUUCCCAGAAUUCAUCCUGGACCCCAAAGAGUUGGACGAUGUUUAUGACGGGUAUGAAGUGUCAGACGACAGCUUCUUCCAGAACAUGCUCAACUUCUACAACUUCUCAGCGCGAGUGAUGGCCGACCAGCUGAGGAAGACUCCCAACAAAGACCAGUGGAGUAUGACUCCUCCUACAGUUAAUGCCUACUACAUGCCCACUAAGAACGGCAUCGUCUUCCCUGCCGGGAUCCUCCAAGCUCCUUUCUACGCCCACGACCACCCCAAGGCGUUAAACUUUGGCGGGAUCGGGGUGGUGAUGGGUCACGAGCUCACGCACGCCUUCGAUGAUCAGGGUCGUGAAUACGAUAAAGAAGGUAACUUAAGGCCGUGGUGGCAGAACUCAUCAGUGGACGCGUUUCGUCAGAGAACAGAGUGCAUGAUGGAUCAGUACAACCACUACACCGUCAACGGAGAACAUGUCAACGGAAAACAGACACUCGGAGAAAAUAUUGCUGACAAUGGAGGACUGAAGGCCGCCUACCAUGCCUAUCGGUCGUGGGUCCAAAGGAACGGAGACGAGAAGAGGCUUCCUGCUGUCAACCUGACAAAUGACCAGCUCUUCUUUGUGGGAUUUGCUCAGGUGUGGUGUUCAGUCCGAACACCAGAGAGCGCUCACGAGGGCCUGGUGACCGACCCCCACAGUCCCCCCCGAUACAGAGUCAUCGGCACGCUCGCCAACUCUCCAGAUUUCAGCCGCCACUUCAACUGUCCUGUAGGAACGCCGAUGAACACCGGGAAGCGCUGCGAGGUGUGGUAGACGGACUGCUGACAAGGACGGGGGUCAGAGGAGGGUCAGGGUUAAUUAGGUCAGUCUGUUAAUGAACAGGUCGGUUUGUUAGGUCAGAAACGUAGAAAAACAUAUUUAGUUUGUUAACAAGUCAGAUUGUUAAUCGACAGGUGAGUUUCUGAAUUAGCCGGCUGGUUAGUGUCUUAAUUAGAGGAGUUGAUCAGGACGUUAUCAGGUUUCAUUCGGGGCGCUACAGGUGUAUCUUCAGUUUCAUACCGUUAAUAUCAAUCUGUUAAUUAGAGACGAUCAGACUGACUUCCUGUCUGGAAACUAAUCGGACUCAGUGGACUUCACACCGAGACACGAAGGACUGACGAAGACGAAGAUGGGGAUGAAGCCACAUGGGACAACGAUGUUGCUGAUUUCUGCUUUAUUGCCGUUAUUGAUCAUUAUUAUUAUUAAUGGGCUUUGGUUCGUUGGGUGUGUGUGUGUGUGUGUGUGUGUGUGUGUGUGUGUGCGUGCGUGCGUGUGUGCGUGCGUGUUGACUGUUGUAUGAAAGCACUCUAUAACUCUCUCUGAUGACAUCACUGUGAUGACCUCAUACAAAGUUGAACUGUUACAUCAUCAGUCAUGGCCGUGUGCGAGUGUGUGUGUGUGUGUGUGUGUGUGUGUGUGUGCGUGCAAAUCGUCUGAUUAAUUUUUCAAUUAAGAGCCUUUUAAGGUGAAAUUUUUUAGGGUUCAAAUUAAAUUUGGGAAAAACUGAUCAUUUUCAUGGUUUCAGAGUAAAAACACCUUAAAUUUUUAUCAAAUAACAUAAAACUGUCUUGGACCUUCAACUUUAUUUGAAAAAUUAAGGGACAUUUUAAGGUAGAAAUUAAGGAAUGGCUAUUAUGUUAUUUGGUAAAAAAAAAUCUUAAGGGCUUUUUGUUUAAGUCUAAAAAUGGUAUAAAUGCUCUUAACCCAUGCAGAUAAUUUAUUUUACAAUCCAUUACUUCCCCCCUAACAUCCCAUUAAAAUUACCUUAAUUACUUCAGUAUUAAAGGGUAAAUUUGUGGACUUUGAAGUAAAAAUGAAGGGAUCAUGUCGGUGAUGUAACGUGUUCAGUCAGCUGUCUCGUCAAACUGUAAACCACUCUACAUGUCAGCGCUCUGUAACCACUAAAUGCUAUGCUGGUGUUGUCAUGGUAACCGAAUUACAAACUGUGGAGUUCAGUGUCGUUUGGUGACAUCACAACAAACGCCUUAAUUAGGAUUACUAAAACACUGAAUUUGAAGUGCUGCCUUAAUUUCAGAAAAACGCCUUAAAAAUUAGAAAUAACAAAAAACCCAUUAAUUAAUCCUUAAUUUAACAUCUUCACCUAAAUAUAUUACAGUGCAUUCAUUAUUAUUAAUCCCUUAAAAUGUCUUUAAAAUAUCUUAAUUGCAGCUGUAUUCAUGAGCAAGGUCUGUGCCAUAACGUACCCCUUAAUUUGCACCUUAAGGGACCUAAACUUGUAAAUGUUGGUGCAAAUUCAGGGGUUCACCCCGAAUCCUGUGUUAAUUAGUGGGAUAGUUCAAAUGUGUCAACUGUAGGAAAUGGCACUAAAUCAUCCCUGAACUUUUACCUUACCUGAAUAAUUAAGGCCAUUUUAAGGUAAAUUAAGAAACUAUUUUUUCCCCUUUAUCCUUAAUUGAAUCAUUAUUAUUUGCAGUUUUAAGGUGGAAAUGAAGAGAUUAUGCUUCACAGUGAAAAUGCUGUUCGGUCUGUCGUUCUGUGUACUUUAACCACUCUGCAUGUUUAACCACUAACCGCCAUGCUAGUGUUGUCAUGGUAACCCAAACAGAGUUAAUGAAUCAGAACUGAUUGAAAAACAAACGCCUUAAAAAUUAGUCUCCAUUAUAAAACUGACUUUAGAAUACUGCCUUAAAAAUUAAAAAUGGACGCCUUAAAAAAUAAAGUUAUCAGCUGUUUGUCGAGCUCUGACGCCUCGCGAUAAAAGUCCCAUCAGACGUCUUAAUUUUACCGUCUGACGUCACAGAUCAGUCUCACGAGUCUUUAAAACCUUCCAGCAUAAAACUCCUUCUAUUCUCAGACUGGGCCCGGGGCGUUCAGGGACUGAAUGGAUAACAGGGCGCUCAGGAACUUAAAUUAAUGUGGGGCAUCAAGAAAAAAUGAGCAUGGGGCAUUCAAGAAUUAAAACAAGCGUAGGAUGUCCAGGAAUUAAAAAGAUGUGUGGGGCAUUCAAGACUCAAAACCAAGUGUGGGGCUUUCAAUGUGUGUCCAGGAGGCAGAUUUCUGAAUCCAAGUGAAGCCUCUGAUUGGCUUACACUGACAUUCUUAUCCGAAACCUAACCAAUCCAAAAAACAAAGGCAACAAGCAUGAGCCAAUCAGAGGAGGAGUAGGGCGGCUCACUCCUUUGCUAUCCUAGGAUUUGCAUCCAGGACAGUUGUGAGUCUCUGGGAAUUAAGAGUGUGAGGCGAGUGUGGGGUGUUCAGGAGCAAAAAGAGUGUGGGAUUUUCAGGGAGUUCAAACAGUUGUGGAGUUUUCAGGAACCUACAUGAAUGUCGGGCGUUCAGGAACAAAAUAAACAUGGGGCGUUCAGAGACUAAAAUGAGCUUGGGGGUUUGACGGGUUCUGGUUUUAUCCCGUGCAGUGAGUGAAGUUUAAGUGAAGUAGUUUAAACUCCUGUUUUCUUUUUUAUUUUUCUGACUUAUCUUCAAAAAUGUUUGUUUUAUCAGUUUGACUCUGAACAGGACUUCCUGUGAUGUCAGAGCGUCGAGAGACGACAGCUGGUUAUAAAAACACUAUAUGAUGAUUAAAACAGAUGACGUAUAUAAGAUAUAGUAUUUAGUGAAGACGAAGUAUCAUACGUGUAAACAUGUUUCAGUUACAUCACAAUUAAAACUUCAUCAGGUGGAAAACAUUAGUUUCAAGACAUGUUACCUCAGCGUCAUUACCCACAAUUCCUUUGUGUUGCUGUUUGUUGAGUGCAGGUACCUGCAUGUGACAGCAGGUGGAGCUGUUCACCUGGACUCAGAGUAUUCAGAUUUUAAAGUGACAACACUACACACUGUACACUGUCUAUGUGUGUGUGUGUGUGUGUGUGUGUGUGCGCGCGCGCUUCGCUUCCUGAUGACAUCACUGGCCGAUCCCCGUGCAGCUCCUGUGUGUUUGUCGUCGUUUGUUCAGCAGAAGAAGAAGCUGCUUCCUGCCAAAGACAUUUCUGUGUGUGUGUGUGUGUGUGUGUGUUGUUUGUCUAUGUUUGUGAGGACCAGAUCAAAGGUUCAUGGAGGGUCCUCACAAAUAUAGAAGUAUCAAAGUGUGUGUGUGUGUGUGUGUGUGUGUGUGUGUAUGUACAGUAGUUCUGAUGUAGAAUAAAAGCAGCUUGUUGAAACUCUGUUGUGUCCUGAAGGAGGCGUCGCCGCUCUGCUCGUCCAAUCAGAGCGCUGUGUAAAACAAACAUAAUAAACACUGAAUACAAUAAAA